AUGCACUACAUAACCCUCCUCCUCCUUGUGAGCGCAGCUCUAGCCAGCGCGAUUCCAGCAUACACAACAGCAGACACCUUCAUCACCGCGACACGCACCGCCGGCGGCAUGCCCACGCAGACGCCUUCCCCACAACGGUGGUCGAACACCUUCACGGAACGUGAAACCGUCAGCGAGAGCCUCAUCGAGAGCGUCGACCCGUUUACAGACCCGGACUACACUCCAGACCAGACCACCACCACCCCGCCCCACGUCACGACCAUCUUCUCCAACGGCACUCCUCACCCCUUCACCGAAGGCGUCACGGAGUCGUACUCCCGGGCCGGCAGCUGCUUGUGGAGUGGGAUGUGCGAGACCAAGUUCACCGAGUGUUACACUCACGGUGCCGGGUGGUCGUCCGUGACCUAUCUCUUUUGCCUUUGCGGUGAAUAUGCUUCUGGAUUCGACUGCGGUUACUAUAGCACGAUGCAAGACUGA